AUGAAUGACCUUCAAGGCUGUGGCCAAGAGUGGCCGCUCGAAUGUCUGCCCCCAGACAUCACUCCGGAACUAGCCCGCCUUGUGGCUAAACGUAGGCUCCGAUCGCCAAUACUUCGUCCUUACUAUUCUGCUUUCCGUCUCUACGGAAUUCACUAUUCCUUCUGGUAUCACCCGCCUUGGUACUUCUUAUCAACACGAACCGGUACGCCAAGAGCCCGUAAGAGAGACUGGGAGAAGACCAGUCUGCCAGACAGAGUCUACGCCGACAAGAGCACGGUAAAGAGCGUCAAUGUAAACCAGCGCAAGUCAAGUCAGACACAGGGUGCAUGUACUUUAAAGGGGACGCGAGAGACAUUGUCCGACAAUGGGUCAAUUCGGAUUGAGCAGACAAGAUUGGCUCACGGCAAGCGGCUCUCGCGACACCGUUGA